ACGUGCAGGCGGUGUUACACACAAAUCCGUCCCCUGUGCGUGUGUGUGUGUAUGUGUGUCUCCUCCGUCAACAUGGCCAACGCGAUGUGCGCCAGAUUCCUGCAGCAGAGAUCCACACAGGGCUUAGCUUUCUGCUCCAGAGCCUUCCCAGCUUUCUCAAGCCCCUUCCUGUCCCGCGCUCACAGACUUGGUCCCAGUGAUGAUGAAAUGUACCAGCGCACCAGUGUGUCGGUCAUGCAGAAGGAGGUGGGAAGCGGCGUCAUGAUCCACAGCUACAGCUCUCGAGGAUUCAACAUCGACGGCAACAGGGUGUUUGGGCCUUGUGCUGUGCUCCCUCCAGCCAUCCUGCAGUGGAAUGUUGGCAGUUACGAAGACAUCACAGAGGAGAGUGUCUCGCUUUUCCACAUGAUCGAACCACGGAUAGAAAUUCUAGUGCUAGGCACAGGUGCACGGGUGGAACGAAUUAACCCGCAAGUUCUCACCCUGCUGAAGAGAAAAGGCAUUUCCGUGGAGGUGCAGGACACGCCAAAUGCUUGUGCAACCUUCAACUUCCUGGCCAGUGAACGACGAAUGGUAGCCGCAGGUCUGAUCCCUCCUCCUGUCAGCACCGCCCUGGAAGUCACACAGGAGUAGUCGUUCUGACGC